UGUCGAGGCAUUCAGAAUAUGGAAGGGAGCUAAUCCACCUUGGACUUGCUUUCUGAUUACAACCCACGUGUGACAGGACCAUCGGUCUCGUUACUGUACGGAAUGUCGAACAGUACAUUUGCACGUAACCAACUCCUAAAACAUGGAUGGACAGACGGGUCUGGCCUCGGCCGAGAGGAAAGUGGGAUGACGGAGGCUAUCAAGGUGCAGAUAAAGAACAACAAAACGGGGGUGGGCCACGACCCAGGUGCAGAGUUCACUCAUCACUGGUGGGAUCAUGUCUUCAACAAAACAGCUAAAGCCAUAAAAGUGGGGGCUGACCAGAAUGGCGAGGUGACACUCGGCAGGAAGUCCCCUGACAGCAAGGAAGAGAAGAGGGCUGAGAAAGCCCGGAAGAAGAUGGCGCUGUAUGGGAACUUUGUCAAGGGUGCUACGCUGAAGCAAGAGGAAGGUCGGCAUGUGGAAGAGAAGGAAGGCAGCAGCAGCGAGUCUGAGGAGGAGGAGAAAAUAGACAAGCCAUCUGAGGAGGAGGUGUUUGAGCGGUGUGGUGGACGCACAGCCCAUAAAGGGGCUCGUCAUGGGCUGAAGCUGAACGGGAAGCUGCAGCGGGUCCAGGCUAUGGAGGAACAGCUGAUGCUGCAGAUGAAGGCUGCGCGACUACCUGAGGCAGCAGGCAACACAGGCCGCCUCCAGGGGCAAGACACAGCACCACAGGAGGGGAGGAAGAAGAACAAACAUGUAGGUGAAGAGAUUGAAUUGUCAUUGGAGGAGAACAGUCAAGGAACUGAGGGUGUUGAGAAGAAGAAGAAGAGGAAGAAGGAGAAGCAUAUAGAGGGAGAGGUUGAAUCACCAUUGCAAGAGAACAGUAGUGCAGCUGAGAGUGUUGGGAAGAAGAAGAAGAGAAAGAAGGAGAAGCAUAUAGAGGGAGAGGUUGAAUCACCAUUGCAAGAGAACAGUAGUGCAGCUGAGAGUGUUGGGAAGAAGAAGAAGAGAAAGAAGGAGAAGCAUAUAGAGGGAGAGGUUGAAUCACCAUUGCAAGAGAACAGUAGUGCAGCUGAGAGUGUUGGGAAGAAGAAGAAGAGAAAGAAGGAGAAGCAUUUUGACGAUGAGAUUGAAUUGCCAUUGCAGGAGAACAGUGGACUGAGUGAGUGUGAUGAAAGGAAGAGGAGAUAUCCAGCAGGAGAGACUGGCCCGCCAGUCCACGAGGACAGCCAGAGUGAUGGUGAGAGUCCAUCCGAGGGGAGGAGGAAGAGAAAGAAGUGUAAGAAAGUGAAGGAGUUGGAAGGAGAAGAACAAUCUUGUGAAUCACACCACCCUAAGAAGAAAAAGAAAAAAAGAAAAGACUAAGUUGUGUCAUCUUUGUAUUGUACACAAGGAAUGUAUAAAGCUACAGGCAAUUAAAGCUGGAUGUUAUUUUUCA